AAAAUAUAUCAAAAUUUUAAGUGCUCUUUAUUUUGGCAAUCCAUUAAAAUAGCGAAAGCGAGUGCACUUCCACCGAAGGCAGACUUAAAAUAUAACAACGUGAGAAGGGCCCGCAAAAAGCAAAAGCAAUACCACCUUGUGUAUGACGUCUCUGCCCGUCUCCUGAAAGUGAAACCGAACACACAACUAAUUUCUGAACGCCGCUGACGCGCGCGCCGUAGGAGAGAUGCUUUUACGGGGCGUGCAGCUGUUGCAGUGCAGACACAUCAAUUUCACCUGUGCCGCCCUAAAAUUGAUCCACCAUGGCAGCAUUUGUGGGCGUAGUCAAUAUAGGCAGGAGUACGCGUUACUCUGUAAACAGGCACAGAGUAGGCUAAGCGGUAGUGGUGCGCUUCUGCCUCUGCGGUGCAGAAGCACUGACAGCAGUGAUUCAACAGACAAAGAUCUGAACAAAUUACAUCUGAAAGUUGGAAAAGACAGCGCAUCUAAAGAAGGUGACCUAACAUUAGAAGUGGCCACAACAUCCGCACCCGGCUUCACACAGACUAAGAACUUUGAGGUGAAAACCCCGAAAGGCAUACUGACUAUUACCACCACCAUUGAGGACUCUAAGAUCAAUGAAAUUGUAUUUGAGAAGUCAGAACUUACCCCAAUAGCGAAACUCAAUGAGCCAGUUUUGGUUCCAGGCAACAUAAAUAUAAAUAACCCAACUAAGGUACAGGAAACAUCAACAGAUGGCGUUUUGUCGAUGCCUCAAAUUGCGCCUACUAGCACGCCGUCCCCGCUUCCACGUAAGGUUACACCGGGCAGUGUAGUAACGCCGGUAGAGGGAAUGAAUAUGGCAGUGGUCAAGGCUCCGUUACCAGCAACGGCAGCUGCACCAACGCCAACGCCAAAACGACCGAGAUUUGACUAUCGUGCCUCGCUGGAGCGCAACUUUGUCACUCCCGCUCGGGCAAUAAGCGAUUUUAUGCUAACUGCGGCGGACUUAGAAUGUUUACCCAAGAUUAAGCGACGCUCACCUUAUGAACAGGAGCCGCCCAUGACAGUUUUCUGGCGACGUGAUGUCGAGUCGAAGGCGCUCGAAGUAUGGGGUUCACGUGAGAAUCUUCUUCGUGAGCGGCUGAAGCGCGAGGUGGAGCGUAAACAGCAUCAGCAGAAAAUUGACUCUGCAGAUUUGUUUACUGUUAAGCGACGCCUACGAGACUAUCGGCGUGAAAUGGGCUCUCGCACGACGGUAAUGUUAGAAGAUCGUAAGGGCCUUGAAAAAUCCAGUCAAGUUGUAGCCACGGCCAUAGCUAUCAAUGCGGCUAAUCUGUUAUUUAAGAUCGGGGGCUGGCUCUACAGUGGAUCGCACAGCAUGUUUGCCGAGUGUAUUCACUCUUUGGCAGAUCUGAUUAAUCAGCUAAUUCUUGCAUUCGGUAUAUACAAAUCGUCGCAACUACCAGACACGGAUCAUCCCUAUGGUUAUAUGAACAUGCGCUAUGUAUCCUCGCUUAUUUCCGGAGUGGGCAUUUUUUGCAUGGGCUGCGGCCUGUCUGUUUACCAUGGCAUCGAGGGUAUUCUAAAUCCGGAGCCCAUUACUGAUCUCUUCUGGGUUUAUUGCAUUCUAAUGGGUUCUCUCGUGUCGGAGGGUGCCACUCUUGUUGUGGCCAUCAAUGAGCUAAAACGAUCGGCGCGCAUACAUAACGUGUCUUUCAGGGAAUAUGUGGUGUCUGGUAAAGAUCCGUGUGUCAAUGUGGUCCUUUGCGAGGAUGCGGCGGCUGUUGUGGGUGUAAUUAUCGCCGGCAGCUGCAUGGCUUUGAGUAGCUACACUGGCUCCCCGAUCUUUGACGCUGCUGGUUCACUAUUGAUUGGUGGAUUACUUGGCGCAGUAGCUUCAUUCAUUAUCUAUACGAAUGCCAAUGCAUUGGUUGGUGUUUCGAUAUCCACCGAACGCUUAGAGAAGAUCAAUUCAGCUCUUGAGGCUGACGUAAUGAUUCGCGCGAUAUACGACGUAAAGGGCAUUGAUAUAGGUAAUGCUCGAGUGCGUUACAAGGCCGAGCUGGACUUCGACGGACGAGAGCUAACGCGAUCGUAUCUGGACAAGCAAGAUCUGAAUAAGUUACUGGCGGUUGUCCGGUCUUUCAAAAAUGUUGAGGAGCUGGAGGCAUUUUUACUUGAUCAGGGGGAAAAUAUUGUGGAUCUGAUGGGUGGCGAAAUUGAUCGCAUAGAAAUGAAUCUGCGCACGCAUUUCCCCGAAAUACGACACGUUGAUUUGGAAAUUCUCUAAGUCUGGCUUCUAGAGCGGUUGUGGUGUUUUCCAAAAUUGGCAAAAAUCUUUCCUCUGUAUAGCUGCUAUUUAUUUUUUUUAAAUCAUAUGUGCUGCUCUUUUAGUUCUUAA